UUGCGGGCCUUUCAAACAUGGAGGAGCGCGAGUGGGGGGCGAGGUCGGCUCGCGCCGGCAGCCCAGCCAGCCCGCCCAGCCCGCGGCUGGACGUCAGCUCCUACAGCUUCGACCCGCUGCUGGCCCUGUACUCGCCGCGCCUGCCUCCCAUCCCCUACCCCAACGCGCCCUGCUUUAACAACGUGGCGGAGUACGAGAGCUUCCUGAAGGGCGGGCGCACCGGGCGCGGCCGGGCGCGGGGCACGGCGGAGCCGGCCUCGGCGGGAACCUCCACCGGAACCUCCACGGGAGCCGGGACCUCGAGCAGGGCCCGUCGCCGCGCCGCGCCCACCCCAGAUCCCGAGCGCAUCCAGCGUCUGCGCCGCCUCAUGGUGGUCAAGGAGGACGCGGACGGCGCGGCCGGGGCUCGGCGCCAGGGCCCGGGGCGCAGCAAGAAGGCGCCACGCAAUGUGCUCACGCGAAUGCCCUUGCAUGAAGGUAGCCCUCUGGGGGAACUCCACCGCUGUAUCCGAGAGGGAGUCAAGGUGAAUGUCCACAUCCGCACCUUCAAAGGACUUCGGGGUGUCUGCACAGGCUUCCUGGUUGCGUUUGACAAGUUCUGGAAUAUGGCCCUCACCGAUGUGGAUGAGACUUACCGUAAACCUGUGUUAGGCAAAGCCUAUGAACGGGAUUCUUCGCUGACUCUCACAAGGCUGUUUGAUCGGCUGAAACUUCAAGAUUCCUCCAAAAAGGAAGCAGAUUCCAAGUCUGCGGUGGAAGACUCCACCCUGUCUAGAUACUCGCAGACAUCCACUUGGAAGGUGGCUUCAGUGUGGGGACGAGGAGACACUGACCGGGGCUCACACAGGCGCUCCCGCUCCGUCCCUUCCCCCCUGCAGGCCUCUGCAAGGGAGGAGUCCAGGUCUGAGCUGUCAGGGAGGACUGCACGGACAGAAGGGUCCAGUGCGGGAGGCACCUUCUCCAGGGCCACCACCCUUUCACGGGGCCAGUCCCGAAAGAAAAAGAGAAAGCCCAAGGUGGAUUACCAGCAGGUAUUCACGCGACACAUAAAUCAGAUUUUCAUUCGAGGCGAGAAUGUCCUGCUGGUUCAUCUUGCACAGUGACCAGCUCAGCCCCACGUGACCUUCGGGUUUUAGAAAUAAAGUGCAUGAACUGUUCUUAUGCUAUAUCCUAGUAUCCCAAUCAAAGUGUGAGUCGCAGUGAUUCCCACUGGUCCUGCCCGUCCAGAGGACAGAGCUGGCUCACCCUCUGGAAGCCGUGCUGAGGGGAGGACAGGUCAGCAAUCCUAACCAGGCCAAAGCCGUUCACAGUGCAUGUGUCUGACAGGCUGUCAUCGUCUGCUCCAGAGUCGCAAGCAUAAGCUGUUCCCUUUGACUUAGGGUUAUAGUAUGAGUGGAAUCUACUCUGUGGAAACUGCAAGAAAUGCCUGAGAAAGAAAGAUUUCAUUUUUAAAAGCUAGUGCUCUGAGCACCAGGAAUUUGAUCUAUGAGCAACAGUGUAAAUUGCCUGAGAGCCCUGCACCCAUGUCUUGGAACUGACCUUUGCUCUACAUCAUUCUCUCUUGAUCAAGAAGUGAAAUUUCUCAUCCUUGAAUCUUAAUAAGGUCUAGGAAAGUUACCGGCUUAUGCAGGAGUGAAGCACAGCUCGGUGGUUGCUCUAAGCAGCCCGAGGUGACAGCUCGGUUUUGAGCCCCCUCUUCUCCUGGGCAGGAAUGCAGACGCUUGUCAGUGUUCUCCUCACCAGAGGUGGCCUCUGCACAUGGCAUACCAGAUGGGACUGUGCCGUGCUUGUGGCUUGUCCUCUCUCACUCCUGUGGCAUGGUGCUAGUGUGCAUGUGCUCUGUGGUAUCACCCCAUGUGUUGUGUGUGAACUGUCCUCAUGUGACCUUGGCGUCUGACUUCAGAGAGUUCUGCAUGAACUCAAUAAUACACAUAUAUCACAUGCCUGAGAGUCCCCUUUCUAGGCGGGGCUGGCCUUGUGUAGAAAGUCUCUCAGAAUGGUCUUGCUAUGAAAGAGGGGUCGUACGCUUUUAUUCCCUGUGUCACACCAGUGAGGCUCUUAGAGGUCAAAUGGGUGUGUUCUAAGGGCACUUGACUCCCAUUUAGACUUGAGUACAGGAAUACCAAAGGACCCAGGGACGCUCCUACUUGAAUUAUAUCACCGUAUGCUUUUCAAUCACAAUACAGAAUGGGCUACAUCUUGACAUUGACUGUUAGGCAAUAUUGAUUUUCAAAAUUUUGUUUAUAUUUGCUUUAUGUUAGAUAACUUAUGUUCAAAGUAAGAAUAAGAAAUAGAUAACUAGUCCAAAUGUAUGUAUGAACAGAACAUUUUCCCUGCUGGGUUUGUGGAUAGUGUGAGUAAGCCUCCUGAGGAGCAGGGUAAAUAAAGUUCGGUUAGCUGGACCACUGCCUCAUCAGACAGUGAAAAGUGAGCAAAUGUCCCCCUUUCCCCAUCAGACACCUACCUCACCAGGGCAUUGUGGCAGAAUUUUAGGAAGAUGUCUUACAGCCUCUAAGCAUAUCUAAGUGCCAUGAGUAAUUUUUCCUUACUCUAUUGUAUAGCUCUGUAGAAAUCCUUUUGUCCUAUGAACAAGGCAGGUGCUAUAUAAGAAAGAUAUCUUCCCGCUGUCAUUUGUGGUCUAGUAACCAUCAUCAGAAGGCUGCGAGAACUUCAGCAGCUGUGUGUCAUGGUCUGUUCUUUCCUCCAGAGGGAAGCAGGUCUAAGGAACAGCUUCAUUAAGGAGAGAAUGACUCUCUUUGCUGCUCCCCACAUCCCGGCCCCUGCUUUUCAGGGGUGUCUGUGGUGGUACUGAAGGGAGAAUGUGCAGCUAAAGACAGCGUUGUUCCCAGAGGGGGCUCUGUGGGCUUCCUGUCUGUUUUCUGUUUGCCUGCUCUUGUUUCUAAUUGUGUUUAAGUGGGAAGGCAGGGCAGACGCUCUGAGGUCCGGGAGGCUCUGGGUACAGACUCCGGCUCACCACUCUUGUCUUCUAGCCGAAAUUCCUGUCUGCCUCCUGUGUCCAUCUCCGUUACCCAGUCAUCAUCAGGCUCUACGGCCUCCAUCUCCACCGGUGUUCCCUGUGUGCCGUCCUCGCCUGUCUGCCCUUUUGUCCCUUGGCUAGAAGCUGUAAUGGAUGCUCUUCUUUCCUGACUCUGUAGAAAUGUGCGAUCAAAAGGAAUAGAAAGAAUUUCUGUUCAUGCUAGUGACCCUCCUGAUUUAUUUUAUACACAUGACAGUUUCAUGUUGCUGUAUAACUAACUCUCCCAUAUUUCUCUAAGGAUUGAUUUAUAGUUUUCCACUCAACAUGACAACUCUAAGCCAUGAAAAUUGUGUGUGCUCUAUCUUUAGCUCCUGUCCAUUUAUUUGUUUAAUUUGGACAGUGAUUCCAAAGUGAAUACUCUCUAGGAAAUGUGUAAUUUUGUGCAAAGCGUGGUAAUUAUUUUCAGAUAAGUCAAUUUAAUAAAUUAUUGCCUUUUCUUUAUUUUUGGAAAAAUUUUCAAAAAUAAAGAAAAAUAGGUUCCAAUAACAUAUUGCUGCUCAAAAAUGCUAUCAUGUAGGUCAUAAUGAGUCACUGUAGUGGCUGGACUGGGCUGGUUGCUUAGUGGUAGGCCCUAUGCUUGGUGUUCAUGAGACCCUGAGUUCAGUUCCUGGCGUGAAUGAGAGUGAAGGAAGGAGUCAGUCAGUCAAUGAAAGUUGCUGUGAAAACAGCUGAAGUUUUCCUUAGGAGAAAGACAGACCCUGGGGAAAGGGGUUGGUGGGUUGAGUACUAGAAGACACUAACUAGAAGGCCCCUUCCUUCUGGAGCCCCACAAAUAGAGAAUGGAGUAGAGCCUCCUCACUGGUAUUCUAUGGGGAUUAGAGUUUUCUUUUAAAUAAACACUUUCACUUUUGAAUAAACAGCUUUGAUUGUUCCAACUCAUCUCUAGACACCUGAAUAAGUCACAGAAUAUUCCUGUAUUCUUGUUGAGGUCUUUUCAGGAGUAUGUGGCUUUAUUAGGUGAUAAUGUUGCCAGCAGUUAGUGUGGCUGGCGAUUGGCUUCCUUUUUUUGUUUUUGUUUGUUU